GCCCGGGCCCCGCGCGGCCCGCGCCCCCGGCCCCCGCUGAGCCCCGGGGGCCCCGCCGUGGCCGAGGCCAUGUUCCCCGUGUUCCCUUGCACGCUGCUGGCCCCCCCCUUCCCCGUGCUGGGCCUGGACUCCCGGGGGGUGGGCGGCCUCAUGAACUCCUUCCCGCCACCUCAGGGUCACGCCCAGAACCCCCUGCAGGUCGGGGCUGAGCUCCAGUCCCGCUUCUUUGCCUCCCAGGGCUGCGCCCAGAGUCCAUUCCAGGCCGCGCCGGCACCCCCACCCACGCCCCAGGCCCCGGCGGCCGAGCCCCUCCAGGUGGACUUGCUCCCGGUUCUUGCCGCCGCCCAGGAGUCCGCCGCCGCCGCAGCCGCCGCCGCCGCCGCCGCCGCCGCCGCCGCCGUUGCUGCUGCGCCCCCGGCCCCGGCCGCCGCCUCCACUGUGGACACAGCGGCUCUGAAGCAGCCCCCGGCGCCCCCUCCGCCGCCCCCUCCGGUGUCGGCGCCCGCCGCUGAGGCCGCGCCCCCUGUCUCUGCCGCCACCAUCGCCGCAGCCGCGGCCACCGCCGUCGUUGCCCCAACCUCGACGGUCGCCGUGGCCCCGGUCGCAUCUGCCUUGGAGAAGAAGACAAAGAGCAAGGGGCCCUACAUCUGUGCCCUGUGCGCCAAGGAGUUCAAGAACGGCUACAACCUCCGGAGGCACGAGGCCAUCCACACGGGAGCCAAAGCCGGCCGGGUCCCUUCGGGUGCUAUGAAGAUGCCCACCAUGGUGCCCCUGAGCCUCCUGAGCGUGCCCCAGCUGAGCGGAGCCGGCGGGGGAGGGGGAGAGGCGGGUGCCGGCGGCGGAGCGGCUGCAGUGGCCGCCGGUGGCGUGGUGACCACGACCGCCUCGGGAAAGCGCAUCCGGAAGAACCACGCCUGCGAGAUGUGUGGCAAGGCUUUCCGCGACGUCUACCACCUGAACCGACACAAGCUGUCGCACUCGGACGAGAAGCCCUACCAGUGCCCGGUGUGCCAGCAGCGCUUCAAGCGCAAGGACCGCAUGAGCUACCACGUGCGCUCACAUGACGGCGCUGUGCACAAGCCCUACAACUGCUCCCACUGUGGCAAGAGCUUCUCCCGGCCGGAUCACCUCAACAGUCACGUCAGACAAGUGCACUCAACAGAACGGCCCUUCAAAUGUGAGAAAUGUGAGGCAGCUUUUGCUACGAAGGAUCGGCUGCGGGCCCACACAGUACGACACGAGGAGAAGGUGCCAUGUCAUGUGUGUGGCAAGAUGUUGAGCUCGGCUUAUAUUUCGGACCACAUGAAGGUGCACAGCCAGGGCCCUCACCAUGUCUGUGAGCUCUGCAACAAAGGUACAGGUGAGGUCUGUCCAAUGGCGGCGGCAGCGGCGGCGGCAGCGGCGGCGGCGGCGGCAGUGGCAGCCCCUCCCACAGCUGUGGGCUCCCUCUCGGGGGCCGAGGGGGUGCCUGUGAGCUCUCAGCCACUUCCCUCCCAGCCCUGGAUUGCUGCUGUCUCUGCUGCUCUAUCCUUCCCACAGAGGCCCUCUCCCCUCUCCUAUCUCAAGAUGGCAGCCAGCAGCUCUGAGGUCUCUGAGAUGAAGGGGGUAGAGGAGGGUCCCCAGACCCAGGGAGAAGGGCCUGGCCAUUCUGAAGCCGGAACUGGUCCUCCCCAGAUCCCAGCUGGGGUCCCAGAUAAGCCAGAGACCCUGCAGCCAGGCCCAGACAUCACUGGGGCCCCUGUGGACCCAGAGCCCAAGGCUGGGCUGGCUCCAGAAACCACAGAGACCCCAACCGUGGCCCCAGAAACAGCUCAGGCCAGAGACCUCAGCUCAAGCCCAGGAGGGGAAUCAAAGGCCAACUCCAGCACCGAAGAAACAUGCCAAGAGCUAGCAUCCAAACCAGAAGUGAGCAAUGAGGCCACUGCAAACCAGGGGUCCAACCUGGAAUCCACAGCCCCACUUGAGCCAGCCUCAGAGCCUGCUCCCCAGCUGGAACCCCAGCCAGACCCUCAGCCAGACCCCCAGCCAGCUUCCCAGCCCACGUCCAAGCCAGUCCUUCAGCCAGAGCCCCCUACCCAGGAGGACCCCACCUCUGAGGUCCUGACUGAGAACGUGGGAGAAAAGCAGGAGAAUGGGGCAGUGGUUCCCCUGCAGGCUGGUGAUGGUGAUGGGGAAGAGGGUCCAGCCCCCCAGCCUCACUCACCACCCUCAACAAAAACCCCCCCAGCCAACGGGGCUCCACCCCGUGUGCUGCAGCAGCUGGUUGAGGAGGAUAGACUAGGAAGGGCUGACGGUGGGCAUUCAGGAUCUCCCCGAGGUAGCCUGAGCCGCCACCCUAGUUCUCAGCUGGCAGGGUCUGGGGUGGAGGGAGGUGAAGGCACCCAGAAACCUCGGGACUACAUCAUCCUCGCCAUCCUGUCCUGCUUCUGCCCCAUGUGGCCUGUCAACAUCGUGGCCUUCGCUUAUGCCGUCAUGUCCCGGAACAGCCUGCAGCAGGGGGACGUGGAUGGGGCCCAGCGUCUGGGUCGUGUGGCCAAGCUUUUAAGCAUCGUGGCGCUGGUAGGGGGGGUCCUCAUCAUCAUCGCCUCCUGCGUCAUCAACUUGGGCGGUGAGUGGGGGUCUGGGACAGGCCGGGAGGAAUGGAAGGGUUGGCAAGGGCAGCUUUACUAACCCCUGCCCCUGAUCUCUCCUGUCUGUCCUCCCUACUUCUUUGUCUCUCCUUGUCUC